GUCAUCGUCGCUGUGAUGCCUCAUAUUGAAACUGACGACACGUGUCGCCUGAUUUGUAGAGAGCGAAACCUCUUGCCGCUACGAAGACGAAGGGUAUGGUGGCGGCGGUCAAUGGCGUUUCGUUGGGCCUCAGGGAGAAACCAUGGAGACUUUUGAAACCGAGCCUGCCAGCGAUCCUGAGCCCGAGCCGGUUGACAUUCAGGUCGAGCAAUCUUGCUUGUUCAGCAACGCAGUGCCUAGUGCACAGAACGACGUCGAUCUGUUGAACGAAGUCGCACAGGUCCGACAAAAGCUGGAGACCCUGGAGCGCGCGCUGAAACAAGGAAAGGAGGGCGCUUCUCAUCCUGCAGUGGCCUCGCUCCGCGCUGCCACCCAGGAGAACCAAAUGGACUUUACCAAUGCUCCCGUUACCUUUGAUGCGCCGUCUGCUCAGGCAGUCCAAAAUACGUCUGGACUGUUCUUGGGCCCUACCACCGAUGCAUUUGCUGUCAAUCAGUUCGUCGGCGGGCGAUCCUCGCAAGGCCUUCCGGGCUACAUGUCGGCGUAUAUGCCCGUCCUCGACGUGCGCCACCACGACACAGAUCUUGUCGCCCAGUUGCCGGACCACAACACCGUGGAAUACCUGAUCAACCAUUACUUCGAGUAUUGCAACUGGAUCUACCGCUUCGUUCACGAGCAGACCAUCCGCGACGCAUGGCGGCGGUUCCGAAAUGGUCAGUCCAUGACCCGCGUCGAGCUCGCCACUGUUUGUGCCGUUAUCGCUAUCACUAUCCGGUAUCUUCCCCUCGAUCAUUCUCUCUUCUCCCUUCUCCGCGGCGGACCGAUCGAAUUGGGACACACCUACUUCAAGGUGUCCUGCGACCUUCUCGAGCGUCACCGCGAGAUUACCCCGAUGCACAGGACGUACACGUUGGAUCUUGUCGAGCUCGUCUUGGCGCAGACGCACUACCUCAUUUUCUCGGAGAAGCGCCGCGAGGAGGUCUGGAUCCUAUGCGGAGAGCUGCUGACCAUCACCACUGCUAUGGGGCUUCACCGGGACCCUCAGAAUGUCUUGCCGGUUGAGCUCGCUGAGCGCCGUCGCUGGGCGUGGUGGAACCUUAUGCUCGUUGAGCGUUGGCACGCGUUCUCUUUGGGACGCCCUAUCCGCAUCUCCUCGGAACACUUUGACGUCAAGCUACCCGCGCACAACCCGAACUCUGCUGGCGAAGACAGGCGUUACCUGCCGAACAUUGCCCUAUUCAAGCUCAUGUAUGUCUCCGCGGCGACUUCGGACGAGGCGAUGGCGAACAUCAAGGUCACCCUGCCCAUCUUGCAGGAGCGGGACAAGCUGCUCACAGACUGGUUCGACGAGCUUCCGAAGGAGGUCUUCCAGGAUGACCGCAGCCUGACGGACAAUCUCAUCAGCCCAAUGCCGGCUGUCCGCCGUCUUGCAGUUCAGAGCACCAUCUUGCGCGGGUUGUACAACUAUAUUCGUUUCACUCUCCAUCGCCCGAACAUCCUCCUGCCGAUGAGCCUCGACAUCGCCAUCCACUGCGCGUCUGACCUCAUCGGUCUGAUGGCGCAGGCGCACGACUCGAACACGCCGGGUCACUUCAUCUGGGGUCCCUGCCAGACAUUCUCGGUCGCAAUGUUCUUCUCGCUGCAGAUCAUCAUCAACCCCGCGCAGACGCGUUCGCACCUGUACCAGGGCCAGAUCAAGAAGGCUAUCACGUUGUUCAAGCCGGACUGCUGCCUGCCGGGCAUCGCGGACGGCGCGGUCACCAUCCUGGGCACGCUUGCGCCGCUGUUCGAGAGCGACCUGCUCGCGAACCCGACGCCGGAGGUGACGCGCGAGAAGCAGGAGAUCUUGCAGCUGGUGAACGGCAUGACGUACCCGCACAGAGAGCUCCCCGACUUCGACGCGUUCAACCAGGCCGAGACGUACGAGGGCGCCGAGGCGCCGUUCGCGCUGCGCGGCUGGAACACCACUGCGUCGUCGCCCACGCGCGCGAGCUCGUCUCUGUCGUCUUCUAGCAGCACCCGCGCGACGGUGCUUUCGCAGACUGGGUCGACGUACGAGGCGAAUGGAUAUUCGGAGCCGAUGCCGAUGUACACUUGGCAGCAGCAACAGCAGCAGCAGCAGCAGCAGCAGGCGUACCCGAGGAACCCGCCGUCCGACUCGGGCCAUACGCACUCGUCGCAUUCGCCGCACUCGCCGCCCGCGCUGUCGCCUGGGGCCUCCUCCCCGGAGUCGAGCAACCCGUCGAGCCCCGACCUGGCGGCGCACGUCCCGCAUUACGCUCUGAGCCCGCAGGCCACCACCCCGCCCGAAUCGACUGGGUGGGCCCACCAUGAGUACCAAAGUCAAGUGAACAUCCACGAGGAGAAGAUGUUUGCUCCGAAUAUGUACUACGACAUCCCGAACGCGCCUGUCCCGACGAUGCAGUACGGCGGCAUGGACCCGAAUGCGAACGUCAUUCGCGUGCCCAACAACAACAUGAACUUGUUCAACUUUUGAAGACGUCGCCUCCUCUGAUCCAUAAUGUCUCGCAUUCUCCGUAUCUCCAUAUCAUGAUU